CUCUCCCGACAGGCUCAGUUCCUCAUCUGGCUGCUGGCCUUAUAAGCACUUCAGCCCUGCUGUCACCUUCGGGGAGGAAGGCUCCUGCAGAGAGACUCUGACCAACCUCCGCCUGGGUCCUCGCUGAGGACAGGAUGAUGGCCAGAUCGUACUUUGUGGUAGUGGCACUACUGUUGCUGGCAGAGGUCUCUGGAUUCGAAGAAGGGGCAUCUAAUCCUGGGUUCGUGGCCAGAAUCACCAGGAAAGGCCUGGAAUAUGCCCGCCGAUUCGGAGUAGCCAUCCUGAAGAAGGAGCUGUCUAUGAUCAAAUUGCCUGAUUUCUCCGGAAGCUUCAAAGUCGGCUGGAUCAAAAGCGUGGCCUAUGACUUUUACAGACUGAAGAUCCAUCACUUUGAGCUCAGGAACUCGGAUCUGAGGCUACGCCCAAGGCAGGGGGUCAGAGCUUCCCUGUCCAAUAACUACGUGUUUAUCAGUGGGAACUGGAAGGUGAAAAAGGCUUUCGUCACCCUAGAUGGGACUUUCGAUGUGAGUGUGGAUGACAUUUCCAUCUCAGUUUCUCUGAACUUGGGCAAGGACCCGUCCGGACGGCCCACUGCCUCCGUGGCCCACUGCCGCAACUCCAUCGGCCACAUGAGUGUUGACAUUUCCGGACAACUAAGCUGGAUCCUGAACCUCUUCCAUGAAAGAAUUGAAAACAAUUUCAAAAAUAUCUUGGAACAAAAGAUCUGCGAAAUGGUCAGGAAGUCAACCACCUCCUACCUGGAGCCCUAUCUCCGGACUCUACCAGUUAUCCUUAUGAUUGACCAGAUUGCUGGCAUUGACUACAGUUUAGUAGGUGCUCCCCAAGUGAAUUCUCAAGUCCUAGACACACCCUUCAAGGGUAAAUUCUUUGGCCGAAACUGGCGCUCCCCAGCCCUCUUCAAUGCUCCGUCCAUCAGGCUGCCGGAGAAACAUGACCACAUGGUCUACUUUGCUAUCUCUGAAUAUGUCCUCAACACAGCCAGCUGGGUUUACCACCAAGCUGGACGCAUGAACUUCACCAUCCAAAACCGUCAUAUUCCCCCGGACUCUCCGAUCCGCCUGCACACCAGCUCAUUCCGGGCCAUUGCUCCUCGGCUGUCCAGGAUGUACCCCAAUAUGGAGCUAGAGCUUGAGACAACACCCGAAUCAGCUCCAUUCCUGACGUUCACCCCUGGGAAUGUGACCCUCAUGCCGGUGAUAGACAUCCAGGCCUUUGUUCUCCUGCCUACCUCCUCCGACCGCAAGCUACUCUUCCGGCUCAGGGUGACAACCAACAUCUCCGCCACCAUCAGUGCGAACUCUGACAGGAUUGUUGGUUCAGUGACCACAGGAAGUAAACUGAAAUUGGAACUGAAACAUUCCAACAUCCGUUUCAUCAAUGUGGAGCUGAUGGAAGCCAUCCUCAAUUACUACGCGCUCCACACCAUGUACCCCUCUCUCAACGCAAAGCUUGAGAAGGGUUUCCCUCUCCCUCUGCCGAGGGACACCCACCUCAACAGUUUGGAGCUCCAAGUUCACGAGAACUUCUUGCUCUUGGGGGCCAACCUUGAUUAGGCUGAGCACUGAGGAAGGAGCAGCCGUGGCUGGAGGAGUGGACGGAACCACAGCAGGGCUUAGUCCUGCCCCUGUGGGGGUCUGGAGGCUGCAGCCUCUCUGCCUCUACUCCCCAUGAGGGUCUCCUCCAAAUGGGACACUCGUCACUGGGGAGCCUGGGACACCUGAAGACACACCUGGCCAUAGGACACGUCCCCCAACUUUCUUCUCCUCCUCCCUGUGCCUCUUCCUGUCCCCUUUACCGCUGUCCUUAGCCUUACUCUGGGCAGCCGCUAGAAAAAACUUCAGUGAGCGGUGUCCAGUCACCACCACAAAGCUCAAAGCACCCUGCUCAGCAUUAAACAUGAACUAAGUUGUACGUGUCCUUUGACGCUGUGGUUACAGGAACAGAAGUGAGACAAUGUGGACUUAAAGCCUUGUGUCGCCACUUCCUUGGUGUAUAAUAUUUAUUGAGAUGGGAGUAGAGACUACCCAGCCACUGUAAGAGCUCUACAUUUAUUCAACAAACCUUGAUUUCAAUUUGCUAAUGAGUGUCCUGAACUGA